GCUAAUUAUCAUUCCCUUUAGGUUUAGACCAAAUUAUCUAUUUAGGAAAAUUAGUGAACAUCCCUAAGGUAAAUAAAGCCACCCUUUAUCAUUUAUCUGCUCUUCUACACGGCUCUACACAACCGAGAGAAAUUAGAAUAUCUAUAUUUAUAUUGUUAUAGAUCUAUACUCUAAAAGGCAGAAAUAAACAUCAAAGAAAAUAUAUUAUUAAUCCCCUGGGAAGGUUAAUUUACUAUUCCUUUCUUUGCUUCCUAUUUUCACCAUGGCGGAAUACGAGAUAGACGACCUCAUCGAUGAGAAUUUGACCAUUAGCAAUGAGGGCAUCCAAGAGGACGUCUUCACACUGCUGCGCAACAAGCUUGGCAACGAGGACUGGAGCGCGCUGAAAGUGGAUACUUGGGUGGAGGAUAUAAUCGGGGGCAUUUUAAAAGAAUUAGCUGAGCAUAAAAAUCCGUUUAAGUAUGUCGUGAACUGCACGAUCAUGCAGCGUACCGGCGCGGCUAUGGCGAGUGGAUUUGCGAGUUUGUGGGAUAAUACAAAGGAUGGAAUCGUGCACGUACCCUUCGAGAACGAUUCACUGAUAUGCACAGUUACGGUGUAUUUUUUGAAAUUAAACUGAGACGUUUUUUGUCCUAGACCCCAACCCUCUCCUUCCACUGUUUCUUACUCAUAUAUUUGGUUUCUAUUCGUCAAAUCUGAAGAAGCCAAUGGUAUGAAAAGGUAGGGAUGAAGGAACUACUUUUCUAGGAAAAGCAAAGCCGCUAAAAUAGUACGGAGGGGAGAAGUGGAUGAACUACAGAAAGCUAGAGCCUUUUUUUUUUGUAUUCCUCCUCGUAUUCUUAUUCGAUGUUUCCUUCAUUAUUUUCAUGCGAAUACAGUAGUGAGAGGCCGGAAGGCCCUUUAAUGUAUGUUUAGUCACUACCACAUAUUCUCAAAAAAAAAAAAGAGUUUCGAACGUCACAAACAACGUUAUGUAGUUCUGAAUGUG